AUGUUUGGCUUGCUUGAACGCGACAGGCUCGAUGAAUCCUCCACGGACGCUGGGCUGGAGACAGCGGAAAAGGCGGACGAGACGGCGAGAGAGGCCGAGAGAGCGAAGGUGACGGCGACGGCGAGGGUGAGGGUGAAGGUGAAGGUGAAGCUGGAGGUCGUGAGGGCGUCAAAAAAGGAAGAAGAAGAAGAAAAAAAGAAGAAAAGUCGAAGGUUUUUUUUAUUCCCAAAGUGGGAAGAAGCGAAAAAAGGGAGUGUUAAAUAUGAAGAGAAAAGCAGAGAAAGAAGACGGCGAGGAGGAUAA